UUAAUGGCCAGUGAAGAAACAACGGGGGUUUAGUACUUUUCCAUCGGCUGUUUUUAAAGCCCCCCAAACUCCAGGCUAAUUUGACUAAAAGCUCUCAACUCUCACCCCUAUGACUGAGGCUCGUGGAAAUGAGACCGCUCUUUCGGUGUGCAUGCAAAUUAGGAGAAUGCAUGCGGUCACUGUCCCACCAAUAUGUUCAACCGAGAAGGCUUCCAAUUGGCUGUCCGCUACCUGGGCAUGCAAAUGACGACGCAGGUGUGGAUAUAAGGGGGCAGUAGGGACCAAGCGGGCCAGCCAGGUGGCAUCAUGGCUUUGUCCUUUGGUCGGCCCCGCAGUGGCUCCCUGUCGGCGGGCUCCGUGCGCCUCCUCCCCAGCUCUUCCGCGGGCUCCGUGCGCGGCAGCUCCAGCGGUUCGGACUCCUGGUUCUCGUUGUCCCGACUGCAUGCCGCGCUCCCUGCGGCGCGAGCCAGUAUAGAUUCCGCUCCGAUCUUUCUGGGCCCGGGCCGGCAGCAGGAGGCGCUUCAGGGCUUGAACGAGCGGCUGGCCGGCUACCUACAGCGGGUGCGGGGGCUCGAGGCAGCCAACCGAGCCCUGGAAGAUGAGAUCGCCACUAUCCGGGCGCGCAGGGCUGGGGCUGUCGGCCAUAAGGACUGGGAAGCCUGCGAGAGGCCCCUAGCCGAGCUGCGCAAGCAGGUUGAAGACCUCAACAUGGAGAAUGUCAAACUGCUUCUACAAAUUGAUAAUGCCAGACUGGCAGUUGAUGACUUCAAGCAUAAGCUGGAAGCAGAACAGGCUGUGUGUGACAGCGUGCAAAAGGAUACCCAUGGGCUGCGCAAAAUGAUAGAUGACACCAGCUUUCUACGCUUGAAGCUGGAAGGGGACCUGGAGUCUCUCAGAGAGGAGCUGGCCCACUUACGGAAAAGUCACAAGGAGGAAGUGGAGGCUCUUAAUGCCUUGAUCGCCAAGUCUGAUGUUACAGUGCAGGUGGAUAAUCCACAGAAGCAUGACCUGAGUGAGAGUAUUGCUGGGAUACGCAACCAGUAUGAGCAAGUGGCUGAGCAGAACCGUGCCGAUGCUGAGAACUGGUACAAAACCAAGUUUGACUCCAUGUCCCAAGAAGCCAAUGUGAACACCCAAGCAUUGGAGGAAGCCAAAAGUGAGUUAACAGACCUUCGGCGGCAGUUGCAGAGCCUGGAGAUUGAACGGCAGUCUCUCCAGAAAGUGGUUGACACUCUGGAUAAUACCUUGAAGAACAUAGGAGAGCACUAUCGCAGUGACAUGGCCAGCCUUAACCAUGUCAUUACCAAGUUGCAAGAUGACCUAACAGCUUGUCGGGCUGACCUGGAGAGGCAGGCCCGAGACUAUGAAGCACUUCUGGACCUCAAGACUAAGCUAGAGAAUGAGAUUGAACACUAUCGCAGCCUGAUUGAGGGUGCAACGGACAGAGGGGAGCUGCUCAACUUAAGCAAAGCAGACACCAAGAGACAGACAAUUAAGAAGGUGGUGGUCACCACACAAGAGAUUGUCGAUGGGAAAGUGGUGGCACAGAGAUCUGAGGAAGUGAUUCAGUAAGCUUGUCCAGUAUGUGGCAUGUCUUCUGCUAAAUCUGUUUCUUCUGUUGUUGAAUAAAAUAAAUUGUCAACUCCA